ACAGCGAGAUUCCAUUCACCGAUCGAUAGUGUACGUACGGUUCAGCUCAACAGGACUCCAUUAGCAGCCUUCAGGUCAAGCACACCGGUAAUAACUUGCUGUUCGUUCGUGUGCCCAUGGAUCAUCAGUACCCGCCGCCCAUGUACGCGAGCGCUCCGCCGACCCCGGGCAACAUGGAGACGGCCCUCGUCGGCGUCGCGGCGUACCCGCCGGCCCCGGCGCAGGGCCUGCCCGUGCGCCCCCCGCAGCAGCUCGGCGGGGGCGCCCCGGCGGCGGACGGGGACGACAGGAGCGGCUGGGCGGGCAACGACCCCAGGACGCUGCUCGUGGUGGCCGCGCUGCUCACGGCGCUCGCCUAUCUGCUCGGCCUCAGCAUGCCCGGCGGCUACUGGCAGCGGGACACGCCGUCCAGGGACGGCAGGGCGGUGUACCGCGCCGGCGACCCCGUCAUGCGCGACCUACACCGGCCGAGGUACUGGGUGUUCAGGGCGGCGACCUGGGCGGGGGUCGCGAGCUCCAUGGUGAUGACGCUGAGCCUGCUGGUCCGGAUGCCCGUGGGCUCGCGCCACGCCCUGUGGUCGUUCUCGGUGGCCUACGCCAGCCUCGUGCUCACCUUCAUCGUGUCGCAGUCCAGGACGCACCUGUCGCUGGACAUCCUCAUCUGGGUGGCGGUCCUCGCCCUCAUCUGGCUCGUCAUCAACCUCCACCCGGAGCACCGGGCGCGCGUCAUCCUGGCGAUCUUCUGCUGCAACCGCGACAACUGAAAGAAACCUCUUGCCUGUUUUUUUAUAUAUAUCUGAGUUUUUGUGUGCGGUUAGUCCCUGGGUCAGCUCAUCAUGGACUGAUGAAAGUCUGAAACUAGUUGCUUCCGUAUUGGUAAUGGUAAUGGUGCUAUGUUUGAUUGGCUUUUCUCAGGCAGUGAACCCAAUGUAAACUUGUAUCCAUAUCCAUACAAAUUGUGGCUAAAUUUGACUUGCAA